CUGUCUUCCUUAUUGCAGCAGGUCCCCAUUGAAAUUGAUUUUCUUCUUCGCUAUCGUUUCGGCGCCUCCCAGUACUCCGGUUUCCACACCAUGACCGGACAAAGGGUUUCACAUGCUAUUCCGGUCUCCAUGUCUCGCAGUGAUUAGUGUUUGACUGGCAAUUACCCUUAGAUCGAGAACGGUAAAAACCCUAGUUAACGGUCAAAAAGACGAUCACCGGAAUAGGGAUCUGCAUAAUAAAUUCGUUCAGUUCAAGCUAUGUGGGAUCCACCCUAUACCGAGGACUUCUGGUUGACUGUUCCUUUCAGUGGGCCUCGUCAUUCAACCUGAGGUCUUGAACCCAAAAUGGGCCCCCCCUCGUACAUGCAUAGUCUACAUUAGGAAUCGAUUUGUAACCUUUUCUCCUAUAUUAGGAGGUGGUUGGUUAUCUCUGUGCAAGACAGAUUUUGAAAUGUUGUUGAAAUGAAGAUUCCUUUCUUCACAACUUCUUCUGUGUUUUCUCUGCAAACCUUCUUCUAUCUGUGUUCUUGUGCAGAGGUUGAGGUUUGAACGAGGCUGAAGCUAUCAAUAAUUCAAUAUGGGGGUUGGGUGGUGCAGCUUUGAGAGCAGUGAAAUGUUUGCGAGUUUUCUAGCAUCGACGCCGCUGUUAGAGGAGUCAUGGAGGCUAUGUGAUCGUGCCAAUGCGAGUCUGGGGCAAGCUUUUGUGAUAGAACAGGUCGGGAGCAGAGUUUAUGUUGCCUUUUCUGGUGUGCAGUAUUUGAUUCAGGGUUUAGAUCCGAGUUUCGGCAACUUGGUUUCGCUGGAUAGUGUGAGUGAGGACUUUUUAGCUCCAUUGCAUUACCGGAAUGAAGGGGAGGAACCUGUGAUGGUUCACGCUGGGUUGUUGCAUCUCUUCCUCUCCUCCUACCCAACUUUCAAAACUCAGAUGUCGACCAUACGAGAGAAAAGCAAAUCCAUUGUCAUCACAGGCCAUUCCAUUGGAGGAGGAACAGCCUCUCUUGCUGCUCUAUGGCUACUUUCAUUGCUCCAAUCAGAGUCUUCAUCCCUCUCAGUAUUAUGCAUCACCUUUGGCUCUCCACUGCUAGGUAACGAGUCUCUUUCUCGUGCCCUUGCUCGAGAAAGAUGGGGUGGGAACUUCUAUCAUGCUGUCUCAAAACAUGACCUAAUGCCAAGACUUCUGUUUGCUCCAUUAGCUUCUAUCACCUCUCAGUUACAUUGUUUGUUACAAUUCUGGCACUUGUCGAUGCAAUCUCCGCAAUAUAGGCAACUUGCAGACCAAUUAAACAGUGGAGUUGCUCCCCAAAUUUUUGACAAUGUAUUGGCCUACUUGGGAUGGUUAACACAAGCUGGGGGAUCAUUGAAAAGCUUGUGCUCGCCAUUUGGGAACUUCUUUUUCUGUUCUGAAGAGGGUGCAAUAUGCGUAGAAAAUGCAGCAUCUGUUAUCAAGAUGAUGCACUUAAUGUUGGUCACAAGUUCUCCUAUAUGUAGCAUUGAGGAUCAUCUUAAAUAUGGAGAUUAUGUCGGUAAAAUUUCUUUGCAGUUCUUGAAUAAGACGAACUUCAUGCAAGGCGACCUCCCUAAGUCGAGCUACGAAGCAGGGGUUGCAUUGGCAUUACAGUCAGCAGGGAUGCUUAACCAGGAACCAGUUGCAAGUCGAGCAAAGGAUUGCCUGAAGAUGGCGAGGCAAAGGGGUACGCCAAGUCUGAACUGUGCAAACUUGGCCAUUAAAUUGUCCAAAAUAGAUCCUUAUCGAGUUGAGAUAGAAUGGUACAAAGCAUAUUGUGAUUCGUCCGACGAUCAACUAGGUUACUACGAUUCCUUCAAGCUAAGGCGUGCCUCAAAAAGGGACUCAAAAGUCAAUAUGAACAGGCACAAGCUUGCUCAGUUUUGGGACAAUAUAAUCCGCAUGUUGGAUAAAAAUCAACUGCCUCAUGAUUUUCACAGGCACCGAAAAUGGGUAUAUGCUUCUCAGUUCUAUAUGCUCCUGGUUGAGCCAUUGGAUAUUGCAGAAUAUUAUCGAACGCGAAUGCAUCAUGUAAAGGGGCAUUACAUUGAUCAUGGAAGGGAGAGGAGGUAUAAGAUUUUCGACAGUUGGUGGAAAAACAGAAAGGUGACAGAUGAAGAAAACAGCCAGAGGAGUAGGUUUGCCAGCGCGACUCAGGACACAUGCUUUUGGGCAAAGGUGGAAGAAGCUAGAGACUGGCUUGACAAUGUCAGAAGUGAGCGUGAUCCAAGGAAGCUGGCUGUACUCUGGGAUUCUAUCGAUCGCUUUGAAAGGUAUGCAAUGGGAUUGGUCGAAAGGAUGGAGGUUUCUAUGGAUGUUCUCGGGAAGAAUUCAAGCUUCACUUUGUGGAUGGAAGAUUAUAAAAGAUUGAAAUCCCAGAUGAGUCAACUGCGUUGGAGAAAAUUGAAGAUAUCGUGUUCAUUUGCAAUUCGUCUGAAGCACGCAAGCCACAAGCUGUUCUUAAAGGUAGAUUCCACCUCUCGGAAAAAAGAAAUCGGUGCAACAGGCUGUAGUGGCUAACUCACAGGAUACAAGUUUAUAAGUUAUGAAAUAAGGUAGUUGUAAACUGUAAUAUGUGGCAUUUGGUUCAUGGGAGUUGCUGCAAAGAAA